GGCAGCUCUGUUUUCACCGCUUGGCUCCCAGCCCCGGAGGCAGGUGCAGGAGACAGACAGGCAGGGUGCGGCUGAGCUGACCUCUUCACGUCCCCAAAGAUGGCCCCCGUGGGCUCAGGGGGAGCGAGUCUAGCCAGGUGGUCCCAGGGGCUGGGGCCGGGAGGGGCUGGAGGCAGGGGUGGCCGGCUUCCGGCCUCCCCCAGCCCGCUCUUCACAUCUGACUGCUGAGAGGGCCUCGGGCCCCACAACCCCCUAGACCAGGCCCUUUAAAGACCUCACAGACCAGUCGCCCCGGCAACACAAACGACAGUUUAGGAGUCCCCAGGGCCACGCAGCAAGGCUGGCUUCGGCUCCGCUCACCGGGGGAAGGGGGAGAGUGGGCUCCCUGCGGUGCCUACAGCACGGGGGUGGGCUCCAGGCCUGGUCCUCCGGCCCUGGGUCCACACGGCCUUUGGGACACCAUCUGCUCCACGCUCACGGUCCCAUGUCACCUUCCCUCUGUGUGGUCCUUGAGGCGGGCAUCGCUCUCUCCAUCACACUACUGCCGUCUUGGCAAACCGGGGGCCUCUCCUGGGCCCCGCACCACCAGGCCGCCCGGCCGGCCUCUCCACACUGCCUGCACCCUGGCUUGGGCCUGGAUGCCGCAAGGGCCGGGAUGGGGGUGCCUGGGCGCACCUGGCCACUCAAUGGCACUGACGCCCCCGCCUGCCACUCGCCCAGCCUGGGCCACCCUGGGAGAGGUACCGGGCGCGGGGCUGCGGGCUGCCUGAGUCGGGGGGCCGUGCUGGGCUCCUGGCACCAGGAAUCAGAGAAGGGUAACUAGAUCCCGCCGAGGAUCUGGCGGCGGCUGCGGGCGGAGGGCUGCGAUCGGGUUGCGGCCCCGCUGCGACUUUCCAUCAGGCGGCUUUCUCUGCAUCGGGAAGGAGCCGGGCUGGGCUGGAGAGUCUGUGCAGUGGGUCCGGGGGCCCUGAGGUGGGAGACACGUGGGAGAGAGGCCAAGAGGCGCGGGGGGCCGGGAGGCGGGGCACAGGGCCCGAGGCGUGGGCCUGGGCGGCCGCCAGAAGACAACAGGGAGGUGGGCGGCCCUGGGCGGGCGGAGCUCUCCAGCCGUGCAGGCCCCGGGGCUCCGGCCGCUCACUCGUGAAGUCCAGGAGUGGCUGAAAUCCAAGCUGGGGUAACGAAAGGCAGCCGCUGUCCCUAAGCCGGCACAGCUCUGAUCCGCCCUCCCACCCGCCCUCCGCUGCCCGUGGGCCAUGUAAGAACGGCCCCGGGGGCCCCGCAGCCGCUGGUCAGAGGGCAGCGGGUCCAUGACGCCGGCCAGGCCUCCGGGGGACCUCGGGGGCCGUGAGCACGCGGAGAGAGCUUCCCGGGCCCCUCGGGGGCGGGGGGGCGCCGAGGGCCAGCCCCGAAGAUGCCCACCAACGGCCUGCACCAGGUGCUGAAGAUCCAGUUCGGCCUGGUCAACGACACCGACCGCUACCUGACAGCCGAGAGCUUCGGCUUCAAGGUCAACGCCUCGGCACCCAGCCUCAAGCGGAAGCAGAUGUGGGUGCUGGAGCCUGACCCGGGGCAGGGCCCGGCCGUGCUGUUCCGCAGCAGCCACCUGGGCCGCUACCUGUCAGCCGAGGAGGACGGGCGCGUGGCCUGCGAGGCGGAGCGGCCGGGUCGUGACUGCCGCUUCCUGGUCCUGCCGCAGCCCGACGGGCGCUGGGUGCUGCGGUCGGAGCCCCACGGCCGCUUCUUCGGUGGCACCGAGGACCGGCUGUCCUGCUUCGCCACGGCCAUCUCCCCGGCCGAGCUGUGGACCGUACACCUGGCCAUCCACCCGCAGGCUCACCUGCUGAGCGUCAGCCGGAGGCGCUACGUGCACCUGUGCCCGCAGGAGGACGAGAUGGUGGCGGACAGCAACACGCCGUGGGGCGUGGGCGCGCUCAUCACCCUCAUCUUCCAGAACCGGCAGUACUGCCUCAGGUCCUGUGACAGCCGCUACCUGCGCAGCGACGGCCGCCUCGUGUGGGAGCCCGAGCCCCGAGCCCGCUACACGCUGGAGUUCAAGGCGGGCAAGCUGGCCUUCAAGGACUGUGAUGGCCGCUACCUGGCGCCCGUGGGCCCCACUGCCACGCUUAGGGCGGGUCGCAACUCGAGGCCCGGCAAGGACGAGCUCUUCGACCUGGAGGAGAGUCACCCGCAGGUGGUGCUGGUGGCCGCCAACCGCCGCUACGUGUCCGUGCGGCAAGGGGUCAACGUCUCAGCCAACCAAGACGAGGAACUGCAUCAUGAGACCUUCCUGAUGCAAAUUGACCAGGAGACAAAGAAGUGUACCUUCUAUUCCAGCACGGGGGGCUACUGGACCCUGGUCACCCAUGGGGGCAUCCAGGCCACGGCCACACAAGUCUCCGCCAGCACCAUGUUUGAGGUGGAGUGGCGCGGCCGGCGGGUGGCACUCAAGGCUAGCAAUGGGCGCUACGUGUGCAUGAAGAAGAAUGGGCAGCUGGCGGCCACCAGCGAUUUUGUGGGUGAGGACGAGGAGUUCAUUCUCAAGCUCAUCAACCGCCCCAUCCUCGUGCUGCGGGGCCUGGACGGCUUCGUCUGCCACCGUCGUGGCUCCAACCAGCUGGACACCAACCGCUCGGUCUACGACGUCUUCCGCCUGAGCUUCAGCGACGGCGCCUACCACAUCCGAGGCCGUGGCGGCGGCUUCUGGUACACCGGCAGCCACGGCAGCGUGUGCAGCGACGGCGAGCGCGCCGAGGACUUCCUCUUCGAGUUCCGCGAGCGCGGCCGCCUGGCCAUCCGCGCCCGGAGCGGCAAGUACCUGCGCGGCGGCGCCUCGGGGCUGCUGCGCGCGGACGCGGACGCUCCCGCCGGGGUCGCGCUCUGGGAGUACUGAGCGGGCGGCCGGCCUGUCCCCCAUUAAACCG